AUGGCUACCGACAAGUUGGACCUGGUGUUUCAAAAGAUCGAUGAUCUUGCCACGCACUUCGUUGUUGACAGGCUCGCGCCCGCGGUCAAGAUCCCAUCCAUUUCCUCCGAUCAAACACUUGAAGGGCGGAAACAGGUUUACGCUAUGACGGAUUUUCUGGCAACGCAACUAGGGGGGUUAGAAGCAUCUGUGGAACGGUGUCCACUUGGGAUCCAACCAGGCACCGACCUCCAGCUUCCUGAUGUCAUUAUCGCCAAAUACCCAAAGGUACAUGAUAGCAAGAAAAAAACCAUCCUAAUCUACGGCCAUUAUGAUGUUCAGCCCCCAGGAGACGGCUGGACAACCAAACCCUUCACCCUCCAAGAAAAAGAUGGAAAGCUAUACGGCCGCGGCUCUACCGAUGACAAAGGACCCGUUCUCGCAUGGCUCAACGCACUAGAAGCCUACCAGCAGGCUAAGAUCGAUGUUCCCGUCAAUCUCAUCUUCUGUUUCGAAGGAAUGGAGGAAUCCGGAUCCAUUGGAUUUGCCGCAUUUGCCAAAUCCCACCACACUCUCUUCGAGCACGUCGACGCAGCCUGCAUCUCGGACAACUACUGGCUCACAACCCGCAAGCCCUGUCUGACCUACGGACUCCGCGGCAUCAAUUACUUCAACCUAACCAUCGCACACGCCGGCGUGCAGCUCCACAGCGGCAUGUUCGGAGGCUGUGUCUACGAGCCCAUGACCGACCUCGUGAUUCUGCUCUCCAAACUCGUCAAUUCGCAGGGUCACAUCUUGAUCCCUGGUAUCAACGAACUAGUCGAGCAGGUUUCCACGGAAGAGAUUACCGAUUAUGCGACUAUCGAAUUCACGACGCAGGAUUUUCAGAAUACGAUUGGCAGCGAUGCUAAUAUCUAUGACAACCCCGAGGAGACCCUCAUGCAUCGAUUUCGAUAUCCGUCGCUCACCAUUCACGGCAUCGCGGGUGCGGACUCAAGCUCCGAUCAGACAACGGCUAUCUAUCCCAAGGUGACGGCUAAAUUUUCCAUUCGCACCGUGCCGUGCAUGAACCAGGAAGCGGUGACCGAUCGCACAAUCCGGUAUCUAGAACAAGAGUUCCAGAAACUCGGGAGUAAGAAUACGUGUAAAGUGGAAUUAUUCGGGGAAUCGGCUCCGUAUUGGCUGGGGUCGAAAGACGACUCUAAUUUUACUGCUGGCAAAGCGGCUACGCAGAGAGUUUAUAAUAAAGGAUGUGAUUUGACGCGUGAAGGAGGAAGUAUCGGGGUAACACUCGAUUUGCAGAAUGCGUUGGGAGAUAAAAGUAUCAUGUUAUUACCAGUAGGAAUGUCGGAUGAUGGAGCACAUGGUCCUAAUGAGAAGAUUAACAAGGAGAACUAUAUUGAAGGAAGCAAAUUGCUCGGGGCUUACUGGUGGUAUUUUGCCAAUCCAUAG